AUGUCUAACACCAUCUGCUUACGCUGCUUGACACGCGCGUUGCCGUCUCCCAUUGUCUCGAGCGCCUCUAACACCGCCCACCGCGCCGCCUUCUCCACCACCACAUCACUUUCCGCCAACCCACCCAAAAAGAAGGCAUCUGGCGGCGCAAAACCAGUGACCAAAGCCGGCAAGACGCUCCGAUUAUCCAAGAACAAGCGCGUCACUACAGCACGACCACCAGCUUCGGGCGAGCGAAAAGCAUUACGGAAGAAGAUAGUCUUGAGCAAUACCAAUGCGUUGGAAGUGCAAGGGCUAGUGGAUUUGUCGGCUGAGAACGUGGGUGGUGCUGGCAAGCUACGAUCGCUAGAAGGCCGUGUGAUAGGUUUGAGCGAUGACACGGUAGAGGCGCUACGGGCACUGGAAGCAUUCAAGCCAGGUCAGGGAUGGGGUCUGUUCCGGCGGCCAGCAGCAUUGGUGCGGAGAGAAACAGUGGAACUUGGUGAGGCACUGCAGGGCGUUUUUGAGAGCAAGAAUGUCACGUGGCAGAUGAUAUACGGUGCGCGAGGGAGUGGAAAGAGUGUACUUUUGUUACAGGGCAUGGCCAUGGCAUACUUACAGGGCUGGGUUGUCAUCCACUUCCCAGAAGCACGAGCGAUGACGAAUGCGCAGACGAGCUAUCAGCCGUACAAGACCCCGGAAGGCGAGACGAUCUACAUCCAACCACAUUACACUGCGCAACUCCUACUUAACAUCAGUAAAGCCAAUCGACGCCUACUCAACAGCCUUCGCAUCAGCAAGAAGCACGACCUGCCUAUCCCGCUUCAAUCGAACAUCUCUCUUGCGAGAUUGGCAGAACUCGGCGCCGACGACCCGACACUUGCGUACCCAAUCUGGCAGGCUCUCUGGUCUGAACUUACAGCUUCUUCACAGCCGGAGAAGGAAGGCCAAUUUCGGCCUCCAGUCUUCGUAGGUGUGGAUGGUGUCGAUCACAUCAUGCGCAUGUCUGCGUACCUGAACGGCGAGGCUCAGCCAAUUCAUGCACAUGAACUAGCCGUCGCUCGAGACUAUGCCAAUCUCCUAUCAGGCAAGACCGAUCUGCCAAACGGUGGUAUGGUGAUGGCUUCCACAUCCGCCUCCACACGACCCUCGGUGCCCACCCUCGACCAUAUCCUCAGCCGUAAGGUAGCGAGUCGUCAGCUGAAAUCCCUCCUCACCAUCCGUGAUACAUUGAGACAGCAAGCCGAUGGAGCAGCCGCCACGCAAGACAUAGAUAUCUCGCCUCUCGAGUCCUUCAACACCUUGGCGAUCGAAGAUGCGGUCCUCCGGCGCCAAGUCUGCGACUUCCGCGACCGCGUCCAACGUCUCUGGAACAAUUCCGCUCCGCUCCCCAAACUCCGCUCCGCCCUCGAAGCAACAACUUUUACCCUACCAGAAUGGAACCCCUACAUCGCUAUCGAUCAACGAGUCUCCGACGUCAUGGAGAUGGUGGAGGUGAGGAAAGUGCAGGGGUUGAGCAAAUUGGAGGCGAGGGGGGUGAUGGAGUAUUAUGCCAGGAGCGGCAUGAUGCGGUCGGCUGUUACGGAGGGGUUGGUGAGUGAGCAGUGGAGUUUGGCGGGAAAUGGGAUUGUGGGGGAGUUGGAGAAGGCUGCUGUUAUGACUAGAUUUUGA